AUGACAAACUAUUCUCUGCUAGUCAAGGUUCCAGGGCAAGGGGCCCUACAGCAACUUGCACAGCAAGGCAACAGGCUCUGCUUGGGUUUCGGAGUAGGAAAUGACCAACCCAAUGUCAUUGCAUCAAGCUCAGACCUUGCGCCUAAUAUCAUAACCGAGUGGAGUGAUGACUAUGCCAUUGCUGCCAGUCAAUCCAACUUCAUGCAAGGAGCCCGGGUUGAGGCGUCGACUGAACCCGAGUCCAUCAGUCCUGGCCAGACCUACACCUUGAACCCAGAUUUCACAGGCAGUGUCGGUGGUGGUGGACCUCAAGGGGGUUUCCGCUUCAACAACAAGGCGGACAGGGCCUCCCCCAUUCUCUACCGAGCGAUGGGAUACGAGAGGGCUCCCAUCUACGUCGGCUCCUCGCAACUCCCCAGAGGCGCCAGUCAGGUUAUCAACCCCGGUAACAAAGUCACCGUAUGGUUUCAGAGCGAAGGCUACACUGGAACCAUGGUCGAUGGGAUUUAUGCACAGAGCUUUGAAAUUGACAUGUCGGAAAGGACUAACGCCACAGUCAUCUUCACUGAUGACUUUAGGUGGUCGCUGGAGGAGUAA